AUGUCCAGGUUGGAUGUGUGUGAAACGUUGGAUGGAAUAAAGUUUCCUGGACAUCUGCACACGCGGGAGUCUUUGCAGCUCGCUCUCAAAUUUGCUUUUCAGGACACGGACAUAGUUAUCGCCACCUAUCCAAAGUCAGGCACAACAUGGAUGCAGCAAAUGGUAACUCUGAUCUCCACCAAAGGGGACCCACACAUGUCCCAAACGGUCCCAAACUGGGCUCGUGCGCCAUGGCUGGAGCACCAUUACUGUGCUGCGCUUGUCAACACUUUAAGCCCACCUCGCGUUCUUACCACUCACCUGCCUCAUCGCAUGCUGGCCAGGGCACUGCAGGGCUCCAAAGCUCGGGUGAUUUAUGUGAGCAGAAACCCAAAAGAUGUAGUGGUAUCUUUUUAUCAUUUCCACAAAAUGGCCAACUUCCUGCCUGAUGCUGGUUCUUUUCAAGACUUUUUGAACACAUUUCUGGAGGGCACAGUUCAUUUUGGCUCCUGGUUUGACCAUGUCAAAGGAUGGACGAGCCAAUUAGGAGCCAUGACAAAUUUGCUUCAUGUGACCUAUGAAGAGAUGUCAAUGGACUUCGAAGGCUCACUUGUGAAGGUGAGCUCUUUCCUUCAGUGCCCCCUGGUGGAUGAGGAGGUGAACAGCUGCGCGAGACACUGCAGCUUCGGCAGCAUGAGAGACAACAAGAUGAUCAACUGCAGCCUUAUUCCUCAUGAGAUCCUGGACCACAGCAAGGGCUCCUUCAUGAGGAGGGGUAAAGUUGGUGACUGGAGAAACAUGUUGACAGAGGAGCAGAAUGAACACUUUGACAGGGUUCUGGUUGAAAAGAUGCGGGGUUGCUCUUUGGGGUUUGUGUGGGAAGAUCCAGCUCAAAGGUAG